CAGAUCACGGAACACAGUUUGUUCAAAUGAGACGGGUCAAGCUCGUUGUUUAUAAACACCGCGGAACGUGUUAACUGUCGGCAAUUAAGUGCGUGGUCUUACCAAAUCGCCCGGUUCAAUUAAUACUUUGUCCUUCAGGACGUUUUAAAGAGACCUGCUCAACUGGGCGGUGCUGUCCUCUUGCAAGUAUUAAUAAUAGCGAAUGAUACAAUCAAUUUCCUUGAUAAAGGGGCAAGUGUGCGCUGGGCCAAUAUAAGUCCAUUAUUUAAACAGCACGUUGGCCGUGAUAAUUUAAUUUCACAACGAAAGUACAAGCAACAAGAUGUAUCUUUUGAUGGGAACUGUCGUGUUUUGCCUUGAUAUUGUAAUCACAUUGGCAGGCCGAACAUGUGAGCCCAUCAAGAUUCCAAUUUGCCAGAAACACUUGCCGUACAACAUGACAAUGUUUCCUAAUGCGCUUGAACAUCUCACGCAACAAUACAGCAGGCAAAGGAUUGAGCUAUACAGUGACAUCGUCGCUAUCAACUGUUCGGCUGAUGCAGGAUUUUUCCUCUGUGCCUAUCACCUACCCAUCUGUGCACCAGAGUUUAAAUCCAGGCCAAUUCGUCCGUGCAGAUCAGUUUGCAAAAAGGUCAUGAGAGAGUGUAUGCCUACCAUCCGAAAAUACAACCGGGAGUGGCCCCCCGACGUCGUUUGUAAGGACCUGCCAUCCUAUGAAAGCGACGUUUGCAUCAAGCCUGAGUCCUUUGUUAAAUCUGGUAAGUAAAAUCAAGGCUGCAUUAUUUGCUUCUUAAUUAAAUCGUUCGUCUUAAAAAUUCAUCAGGAUUAUUCACUGUUCAUUUACACUAAGAGGUCCAUUAAGCGUUUGAUCUCGCAAAACGACAAAUAUACUCCUUUGUCGCCAGUCCUUCGGAUUUAAGGGCUUGAAAGGAAUGAUCAUGCAGUUAACGUUAAGAGUCUCAAAUUCCUUAAAUGUUUAUCUAGUGUACAAAGUUACGAAAUAUGGCGUUGCUUUAUUCAAAAAUGUUCUUAUAAACGGCGACUCACUCUACAGGUCAUGGGUUACUUUUUUUUCAUGCGCUUCUCUGAAACCGAUCUUUAGGCUACUUUUACGCCACGUAAACUGACCCUAUAUGAGGUUGGUUAAAUGAAAUUUCAAACAUUUGAUUGACUGUCAACUUUUGUUGUUUCUGACUGGGUUGGCGGAUUUUUCAAAGCUUUAAUUAAACUAGAUUAACCAAGCCUUGUAACUUUCAAUUAUCAUUCGUCCGUUUCUUUUAAUAUCCAGCCUGUGAGUUGCUUCUAUCCAUGAAUUAAGAUAACCGGGUUUUAAUUUGUAAAUUCGAUUCAAAUAAAAUAUGACCAAAUUAAAAAACUCAUAAAAUUUAGGAAUCGUACAGGCAUAGAAUCCUAUGUCAACACAGCUGACUUUCCUAUUAAUUCACAGGAAAUUACACUUUUCUUGGUGAUAAAUAUUCAAACUGCCAAACAAAUUUGUGGUCACGUUCCUUUAAUUUGCUGUGACUCCAACUUCACGAAUACGAAAGAAUGCUUGCAGUCUCUUAAUCCGAGUGUGAUUUAUUUGUAGGUAAAGACUUGUCAACCAUUCAUAUCUGUCCAUUGAUUUUUCUCCGAAGUUUUGGAGUGCAUCAUUUGACUAUGCCUCUCGAGCUCGCGUAUGGCUUUCGUAGUUGAAAUAUUUCUCUAUCUUUCUACUUGAAUUGUAAACAUUUGUGAACAUCGUCGAUAACAACCAAAAAAUUGUCUCUAACGAUGGAAAGGUCAAAAUUAUGUUGUGUUCUUGAAUACCAAAACCGUGUCAUAAAAAGUUCUAAAAAUAUUUUCAGUUUCUAUUAAUAAAUUUUUACUUUUGCAGUGAUAUUAGACUGCUGCAUUUAGGUUCAGCAAUGUAGUUAUUAAGCCAGCAGAGUUUACGAACAUAUGACUUCUUUUUCAAAAGCCCACAGGAAUUGCGUGAUUCCUUUAAAUCAUAUCAUAUUCAUUAUAUCCUUGACAUAGCAGCUCUUCAGAAGCUCUCCCUCCCAGAGUUCAUAGGGCAGACAGGAAAUGAUUGAAAUCCAUUUAAAAAAUCUAACACGAAGUUAAGAAACGUGUGAAAGUUUGCUUGCCGAUCCCAAUAUCUGGUAAAGAGUACAAUGCGGACAAAUAGUUUAGUCUCCUAUUCCUUUAAAAACUUAAGACACUGCUAUCGAAAUCGGAACCAAAGAGGGAAGUUGCAAAGGAAUCACAAUGUACUAAAUGAACAUGUACUACAUUUUUAGAACUGCUUUUUCCUUUGUUUGGUUUUUUAUUAGAGUUAAGCCUAAAUAUAUUCCAAGUUUUUUGCGGGUGCGAGAGGUAUUCAAGAGGCCUAUCAAGUCUUUCCGCAGGUCCAGUCCAAAACUAAUUUACUGAAUACUGAAGGAUUAUUUCGGACACAGCGCGCGAAUUCCAUACCGUAGGGUUUUAUUUUAUUCGAACCCUGUCUCUAUGGCAAGACCAACUUAAAACUAAAUCAUGUUACUGUCUGUUUUGAAGUAUUUUCUUUGUCUUCUUUCCGUUCAGGAGAUUAUGUAAUGUUUAGUUUUACUUGUAGAGAGAAAGCCUCGUUAUGAGUGCCGUUUUCUUUCGAUUUGCCGCCAAUUCUUUUCGUCCAUCAAUCUCACUCCAGAAUUUUUCUUUUACUUUGGUGUAACAUUGAAAAGAUAUUACCUCGGCUCUAGAAAAUGAAGCUCCUUUCAGAGUAAAUUGCCGUAAACCGAUUAUUACAGUUAUUAAAACUUGCCUACAACAUUCCUAAAAUUUUUGCGAUAAUUUAAUUUGCUUAAUAGACUGCACUUAUUGGGAUGCCUUUUAAAGGAAAACUGUUUAAACGCCGGCCACAGAACAUGAAAGAAAACCGAAGUUUAUUUUUGGUGAGAAGCCCUCGAUAACUUGCUUUAUUCUUAACAUAGUUAAAGUAAACAACAACAGGCAGUGCAUUAGUCUUCAUGCGUAUUUCUUUUUUACUUCGUCACGCGAUUUCGACAGCAAACGCUGCGUUGAUUAUUGCUUAAGAAAAUAAGUAAAAUAUCGACAGCCACUUGGCUAGAAACACGUUGAUUAUGCUGAUAGGAGCUUUGAAGUAUACGCAAACGCGAAAGGUUCGCCUGAAAGUAUUGAGAUACACCAAGUCAACCGUAUAAUGGAGAGUGCCUCAACCGCAGAUUGCGUGUAAAAGAUUAGUCAGAGGCUGAUCCACAAUAUUAUUUCAUUCAUAUGUUAUAAGAGCAUUAUUACCUAAGUAAUAUUAUUGUCAUAUUUUAGGGGUUACUGCGAACGAUCUUGAACAAAAUCGAGUAUUUCGAAAUAGAUCUGUUUGAAAUUUAGAUGAGACACCUCGUUGCUAAAACGUAGCUGCGGAAUUAGUUACAAAAAAAAAAUAUAACAGCAUGCCUCAAGUAAGUGGUAUCAAUGCUAGAGCUGUAAUUGAAGUUGAAAUACUCAAGUGGUAUUUGGUUUUCUCGACCAAUCAAAAUAUCGUAUAAGGAAUAUAUAUAUAUCAGCUUAGCUCUCAGGUAUUGAUUAAGAGAUAAGUUAAUGCUGUGCUAACCCAAAGUGACCAAUAACUGAUUUCUAAGGGUAGCCAUCUUAAGUACCCUGAAUUGAUUUGUGAAAUUGAAGAAAAGAUCAAAGAUGAGUUGCAGCACACUGUAUCAGUGUGUUGAUAUCAUCAUAAACCUUAAUAUGGUAUGAAACUAUCAGAAUCUAAUUUUGAAAAAAGACAAUUGCAACAACAACAACAACAACAAACAACGCAAAACAAACCGAUAGGCACGUAAGCGAUGAGAUGCUGUACAAGAUGACACCUUCACAGUGCUGCGUCGUUCAACGAAAGAUUGAAGAUGAAAUCAACCCGUCCCACCCGUCCCUUCGCUUCCUCUGCAGCCGUGAAAUCCUAUUUUUCGCCAUUGGCGACGGUUUCCUCUCCCCGUUACCUCAGUUCCCGAUCGCAGUCGUACACGCCCGCCGUUGUCGUAUUUGAGGUCCCAUUGUGGACGCGAAGGGAAAAGGGUUGCGUAACUGACUUUCCAGAGAAAGACCAUGAAUUAGACUUAAAAUGAAAUCAUUCGUUUCGGUAACUUCUCUCUCACUUGAAUGAAUUUUGAGUCGACAUCUCUCAAAAACCGUCUCCGAUUUAUGACCGUAAUGGUCAUACGGCGCGACGACGGCGCGACAUGGACAAUGGCAGCAGUACUUUCCGAAAGGCUUAGGAGAACGAUGUUUUAAAUAAUUGACAAAGUGAGAAAACCUCGAAACAUUUGAAAUAACUUGAUCAGCAAUAAAACUCUGUAAACUAUGACGCUUCGUUGUUUCUCUGCGGGCCAUACAUCUUUUGAAAUAGUAUCAAUUGCAUUUUUUUUUCUUUUGAAUCUUGUUGUCUUAAAUACAAACUUAUCUUUUGAUUAUCUUCACCGUUUGUGUUGCAGUGUCAUCCUGCAGAUGCAUCAAGCCUCGUGUAAACUACCAGCGGUAUAAAAGGAAUUCUUACCAUUUCAGUAAGUUGUUUUGGUUUGCAUUCCUAAGCUGUUGAAUUAUUUGGCCCGCAUGUACGGCACACGUCUUUGAAACAGUCAUUGAAGUAUCUAGCGAAAACAAUUCAGGGUUUUACGCACAGAAUGAUACCUGUUAUCACACAGAUGAGACCGGACCCACUUUUUCAUGAUAUUUCUACUAAGGUGCUACGUUGGAGGCCUCACUUCAGAAUCUGGCUUUAUUCGUGCUCACGAUCAUCGAUGUGCAUGCAUUUUUUUUUUUAACAAAAAGGUUGCAAGGUCAAGUUUAAACGCACGUAAAGAAACUGUGUGAAAGCGUUAACACAUAUAUUACAUACUUUUUAAAUGCUUUACACAGGUCCUUUAAAAUGUUUAUAUAAAAUAAAUGUGAAAACCAUAUUAACUCUUUACGCCCUAAGAUCAGUAUGCGUAUUUUCCAUACUGUUCUCGGUACAUUUUUCAAGGUAGUGACAUGAAGAAUUUGUCCAACAAUCAAGAGUAUCUUUAGUUGGUGAUCAUGUCUUUUAUUGUCGUAACCUUUAUGUGUGAUUCAGGGGUGAUAUUGUUGGGAAAAACUAGAUGAUAGUCACUCUUAGGUGUUAAAGGGUUAAAAAAAGAAUGAGCCUACAUUUACCAUCACAGGGGUGUCGGGGUACACGCAUACGUGCGUCUAGUUAUCAUUAAUAAAGAUUAUUAUCAUAAUCAUCAUGCUUGAUAUUUAUUAUUACGAUUAUGAUUAUUAAAUUUAUUUUUCACAGACAUAUCCUAUAAGCAUUCAAAUAGGCAUACAAUUCUAUCGCUAUUGUACAGGAUUCUCUGAUUUACUCAUUAAUGCCAGUAAGAACAAACGGUUUACUUGCACCGAGUUCUACGAGUGGAUAAUUGUUUGGGUAAUAAGUCGAUAAAGAAAUCACAAAGAACUUUGUAUCUACAUCAGUGUAGCCUUUUAAUAACGAUUUAAUGAGGUUAACCGUUAGCCGUAAAAUGGCCCAAUUAACAAAUUAACAAAUUUUAACCGCUAGUCGUAGAAAAAAAAAUAACCGUAAAAAAAUUUCUGGUGACAAAGAUGUAAUGCUACAAACUAUUGGCCGUAAAUUGGCAAAAAGUUUAACCUUUACCAGUAAAGGCCAUUACCCCAUUAAGACCCCCUUUUGUUUUAAUAACGAGUCUUUUUUGUUUCUUAGUAUGAAAAAUUUACGACACAGCAUCUAACUGCUACUUUAAUUUAUGUGCAUUCCGUCCACAGUCCUAAAAGUAUUCAUCACCUCAACUACAGAGAAGGACAAUGGCGGAGUAAUAGAGGGAAAAAUUGAGAGGAUCCUACAAAAAAGCUCUAUUCACUUGAGGAAGGGAGACUCUAUUUACCUGCACAGGAAUACCACAUGCAACUGUCCACAGGUUCCCAAGGUAGACGCCUCUUUCUUAGUGGCCGGUCACGUGGUUGCUGAACAGCACAAACUCUACUUGUUUCGUGAUACGGGUUUGAUCGUCCCUUGGGAGAGAGCUUGGGUGGAAAAAUUCAGAAAGUGGGAAAGACGUCUAGCAGUGAAAAGUUCUGGACGAAAAAAAAACAGGAGAAACAAAAAGUUGAAAAGAAAAGGUAAGCAGUUUGAGUAA